AUGGAGGUUGCCAUAUCUGUAGUCACGGGUGAACUAGUGAGCCGUUUCAUCUCCUUCCUGAUGAACAAGUACUACUCACCCUUGAGCGAUGCACAAUCAGAGGAAAAGCUGGUGGGGAGAUUGCAACACCUCCUGAUGCGAGUCAGCAUCGUCAUCGAGGAGGCAGAUGCGCAGUACAUAACAAAUUCUGGGAUGUUGUUGCAGCUAAAGAUGCUCUCGGAGGCCAUGUACAAAGGAUACCACGUGCUGGACACCUUGAGGUACCAAACACUCCAAGACAGUGCAGGCUUUGAUGAGGUUAGCAUCAACGACUCAUCUAGUAGCAGCUCGUAUCUAGCCAUUCCUUUCAAGCGUUCUCGAACAAGAAGUAAGAAGGAUGACAGGGCCAUGCGCCUCGAGUCAGAUGGUGCCUUGGAAGGCUUAGAAAUUGUUGUUGCUAACAUGGCAGAAUUUGUUGUGCUUCUGGCUGGAUGCGAGCGCCUGUCUCAUAGGGUAUAUGAUGUUUAUCUUUACACUAGCAACUUCAUGUUUGGCCGACAUGCUGAAAAGCAAAAGCUCUUGAGCUUCUUGUUGGAGAAGAACAGCCCUCCUGGUGAUCAUGCACUAGCAGUUCUUCCGGUCAUAGGUGGUGUUGGAGUUGGAAAGAAAACAUUGGUUGCUCAUGUAUGUGGCGAAGAAAGGGUUCGCUCACGCUUCUCCUCUAUUUUGAACUUAAAUGGAGACAACCUCUUGACCAUACUUAACCAUGGAAGGAACAUGUUUGGGACGAUGUUGGUAGUUAUUGAGUUAACUUCUGAUGUAGGUGAUGAUGAUUGGAAAAAGUUUCAUUCAUUUCUCAUAAGAAUCAGCAGAGGAAGCAAGAUCAUAAUCAUAAGUAAACUUAAAAGAUUAGCCCGGCUUGGAUCGGUGCAGCCUAUUUUCCUAAGUGCUCUGUCCUAUGACGAGUUGAGCUACCUUUUCAAAACACUGGCAUUCGGGAGUGUAUACCCCACUGAACAUCCACGGCUAGUACAGCUAGCUGAUGAGUUUGCCAAGGAGUUGCACAAUACACAUAGUUCACUCCUUGCAGCAAAUAUGUUUGCCGAUGUGUUGAGAAGGAACCUCGAUGUUCACUUUUGGCGUUGCAUACUGGACAAGGGGCUAAGACACGUUAGAAGAAACCUCUCCAUGUAUGGUGCGCACCCAAGCACGCUUAUAGAACAAGGCCAUCCAGUGGACAUAACAGAUUUUGCUUCACAUCCACUUACCAUGACAAGUUAUACUGCUAGUGUUUCUAUCAAGGAAGAAUCACCAAGUGUGACACUGGGGGAACUUCUAGCAGAUCCUAGUGUUAUACCCAAAAAAGAUUUUAUUCUAAUUUCAUGGGAAUCAAGGAUACCACCUCAUAACUCAUUUGCUCGUUUUGUUACAAGUUGUGUUCAGGACACACAUGAAGGUAGUUCUUUGCCAGGGAGGAAGCGACGAGGAGUGCCAAUCUAA